AUGGACGUUAGGAUGGAUGCUCAUUAUCUCGAGCUCGUGAACAGAGAGCGUACCCAAUACAAGGCUCGUCUCAAUUAUGGCUACACGCGAAGACUCCCGACAUGUCGCUAUGACCGAGAAAUCUCACUAGUAGAAGGGUCGUCCUCCACCGACACUUCUCGAGAAGCAAGAGAUGGAUCAAUUCCAUAUGUGCAAAAAGUGGACCGGCAAAUUUACCGGGACUCUUACCAGUUUUGGUGA